AAGACGGCCCGUAUAACAUUAUAUAAGAAUCCAAAAUGAACAAGUUAGGGUUUUCUGUUUUGCUUGAAACUUUGAAGGAGCCACAGGAAGAGAAGCUGCUGCCCCAAUGGUUCUCAAAACUGAGCUAUGUCGCUUUAGUGGGGCGAAGAUAUACCCGGGUAAGGGUAUCAGAUUUGUUCGCUCUGAUUCCCAGGUUUUCCUCUUUGCCAAUUCUAAAUGCAAGAGGUACUUCCACAACCGAUUAAAGCCAUCUAAGCUUACCUGGACAGCCAUGUACAGAAAGCAACAUAAGAAGGACAUAGCUGCUGAAACUGUCAAGAAGAGGCGUCGCACCACAAAAAAACCUUACUCAAGGUCAAUAGUUGGUGCUACUAUAGAGGUUAUACAGAAGAAAAGAAGUGAAAAAGCUGAAGUUCGAGAUGCUGCAAGGGAGGCUGCCCUGCGUGAAAUUAAGGAGAGAAUUAAGAAAACCAAGGAUGAGAAGAAGGCCAAAAAGUCAGAGGUAAUGGCCAAGUCACAAAAGACUCAGAGCAAGGGUAACUUGCCUAAGGGUGGCACAUCGAAGGGCCCAAAGCUUGGGGGUGGAGGAGGAAAGCGCUGAAAACAUUAUUCCUGACGGCAGAGAUUUUCUUCACUUACACUUCGGUGAUCAUUAUAAAUCUUGGUUUGCAUUUGAUUUUCCUUUUGUUUUGAGUUACGAUUUUGAUAUUGUUUCUUAAACUAUGGCUGCAAUGGUGAAAAAGAUGAAGUGUAAUUUAUCACUACAUCCAUGUACUAAGGAAAAUGGGUAUUUUUUAGAAGUAUUUGUGGUCGAACAUUAUUGAUUUUCAUUA